AUGGAAUUUGUGGCAGGCCCUGCUGUGCAUCGUGUGCUGUGUGCUGAUUGCGGAACACCCAUCGUGCCAAAUUCUGCCAAUCUCUGCGUUUCUUGCCUGAGGAAUACUGUCGAUAUUACGGAAGGAAUCCCUAAACAAGCUGCUGUAUCUUUCUGUCGAAACUGCGAACGAUUCUUGGCUCCACCUUCAUCAUGGACACUUGCAAAACCGGAAUCUGCAGAACUUCUCUCGAUCUGUCUUAAAAAGUUGAAGGGAUUGAACAAAGUACGGUUAACGGAGGCACACUUCAUCUGGACAGAACCUCACUCGAAGCGACUACGAGUAUCUAUGACGGUACAAAAAGAGGUAUUGACGAAUACCAUCCUUGAGCAAACAUUCGAAAUCGAAUAUCUAGUACAGCAUGGCCAGUGCCCCGACUGUGCUAAGCUUGCGGCCAAAAACACAUGGAAGGCACUCGUGCAAGUACGACAAAAGGUUCCCCACAAGCGUACUUUCCUCUACCUAGAACAACUCAUUCUUAAGCACAACGCACAAAAAGAUACCAUUUCGAUCAAGGAGGUCAGGGAUGGACUGGACUUUUUCUACAGCUCCAAAAGCCAUGCACUGAAGAUGGUUGAAUUUUUGGCCAGUGUAGCACCUAUCAAAUCAAAAGCAUCUGAGCAACUGCUAUCCUCAGACGUUCACAGCAGUACCGCAAACUUCAAAUAUACCUACUCUGUCGAGAUCGUUCCUAUAUGCAAAGACGACCUUGUCUGCAUGCCUCUGAAGCAGGCACGGACAUUCAGUAACAUCAAUCCUUUGACUGUCUGCAUCCGCGUUGGGAACUCUUUACAACUCCUAGACCCACAAACCCUCCAAACAUGCGAGAUCCCUUCCCAGAUAUACUGGAGAGCACCUUUUGACUCUUUAGCCUCUGUUACCGACCUCAAAGAAUUCACCAUCCUUGACAUCGACCCCGAUCACUCUCGCCAAAAGGGUAAAUUCCUCAUGGCAGACGCACAAGUCGCCCUUGCAGGCGCGUUCCAUUCCUCUGGAAAACAGGCUGAUGAUGAGGAUAGCAUGGACUUUGAAUCCUCUGGUCUGACAACACAGGUCUUCCACACGCGCACACAUCUCGGCGCGAUCCUUCAGCCAGGAGACACCGCGCUAGGCUACUUCCUCACCAAUGCCAACUUCAACUCCGAUAACUUUGCUUCCUUGCCUGUGUCACGGAUUCCGGACAUUAUUCUCGUGAAGAAGACGUACCCGAACAGGCGGAAGAAGAGCAAGGUCAGGAACUGGAAGCUGCGCAGUAUCGCGAAGGAAGCGGGCGAGGAGGGCGAGACGAGCAAUGCUCGCGGUGCCAUCGGUCGCAUGGGUGGCCGCGACCUCAAGAAGGUCGAGCAGGACUACGAGAUCUUCCUGCGAGAUUUAGAGGAAGACCCCGAGCUCCGGUCGGGUAUCAACUUGUAUAAGGCGCCUGAAGUCACGAUGUCUGCGCCUGAGGGUGAACGCAAGCCGAGGAAGAGGGCGCAGUUCGCGAUGGACGUUGAUGAGGCUCCAGCGGAAGUUAUUCCAGCGAACACUACUGAAGAGGACGACGACGAAGAGGAACCCGAUUUCCCUGAUGUGAAACUAGAUGAGCUGUUGGAGGGCUUCGAUGAAAUGACUCUCGGAGCCGGAGAAGAUGAAGCUGAGGAGGAACAAUCAUGA